AUGGAUGACGAUCGCAGUCGACAUCAAGGCGAUUUUGAAGACCAGCAGGCCUUGGAACUGGCUUCUGUUGCAUGGACCAAGUGCCAGAAGGCGGGUGACUUGAAUGGUGCGGCGAAUGCAUUGCGUAUCCUGGUCUCGGCAAAGUGCGCGCUGCUGGAUCACGAUGUUGUGGAGUUUGCGAGGGCGGGUGUCGAAUCAUGCCGCAACACGAGAGGCCGACAGCUGGGAACGCAGCUUGCGGAGGCUAAGAUGCUGCUUGCUUUUGCCGAGGCAGCAUGCAGAUCUGAGCCUUCGAGCACCUUGUGCAGCGAAGCGAUAGCAGCAGCAGAGAAGGCUCACGAGAUUUUCCUGGCUGGCGGCGAUGCACUGCACCGUGCAGAGUCUUGUGUGUGGCUUGCUAGACUUCAUGCUUGCCAAUGCCGAGAAGAAAGUUCCCAACACGUCAAGCUGUCCAGGAAGGCUGCUGAGUUGGCAUUCCAGAUUGCUGAAUUGACUGGUGACCUGCGAAGCAAGGCACAGGCCUUGUUGGCCAUGGCAGCAGCUGCGUUCGUUGAGGAUUCUGAAUGGCAACAGAUGUUCGAGAAGGCCUUGGAGGCUUGCCAAGAUUUGGUCGACCCGGAACUGGAGGUGGAGGUAAGGCUGGCCGCAGCUUCUUGGCACCUGCAGAAAGGAGCGCCAACUUCAUCUUUGGAGCAUGCAAAAGAAGUGCUGGACAUCUUGCAGGAGCACGGGGCGGGAAGCCAUCGUCAGCUUGAAGCAACUCGCCUUGCCUGCGCUGCAUAUCUCGAGCUGGAGAGCUCCAGCCAUGCGCAGCGCUUGUCACGAGAGCUCUUGCGCUUGACGCAGGUUGAAUCUUCAGAGAAGGUCCGCGCAUGUGCUGCCACCCUUUUCGCAUCGGUUCAGCUGGCAGCCGGAAAUCUGGAUUCCGAGUCUGGUGCCGUUGGGGCCAUAGCUGUUGCAGAGGAUGCUGCGAGCUUGUCCCACAGCUGCGGCGACUUGCAGGCUGAAGCCCGGGCCAUUCUGCUUCUUUUGCAAGCGACGCGGCAGAAACUGGAAAAGGCGCCUCUGUCUGGGCAAGAGGUUGCCAAGAAGACAUCCGUCCAGGCCAUGCAGAUUGCUUUCAGGCUGGCAGACGAGCAACAGGGCUUGCAGUUGGCUGUGGACCUGCUGGAUGGCCUUGUGGAGAUGCUGAGCCUUAUUGGAAAGCCCUCCGAGGCUCUGUCCUUGGCGUCGCGGCUGCGCAACGUCUGUGACGAUGAUGCAUCCCUCCUGGCUCAAAUCCUGUCUACCACGGGCAAGGCCAUGUAUGAGAGCCGCCGCUUCGGGGACUGUGUGUCCUCCGCCCAAGAGGCUGCCCGGCUCUACGAGGAAGGUGGCAAGCAACGAGAAGCUGCCUCAGCUCUGGCGCUGGUAGCCCAGGCGCAGAUGAAGCAGGGAAAGCACAGUGCCAGCCGCCAGAAUGCGCGCCGAGCUCGGCGACGGUUCGGAGAGGCAGGUGACCACGAACAAGAGAUCCAGCUCAGGCUGGUCGUGGUGCGGGCCUGUCUGGCCAAAGACGAGAGGGGUAAUCGGCAGCAGAGGGAUGCUUUCAGAGAGGCUCAGGAGGCCAUGAAAAUGGCCGCAGAGCUCGGCAAAGCCGAGUUGAUGACGAUGACGCUCGCAGCCUAUACCAUGGCUUGCUACGAGAUGGACCAGCUUGAAAGCUGCUGUCAAACUGCCGAGGAGCUCUUGCAGACGCAAACAGAGAGGUCCGAUUGCCGCUUGAGCGCGCUGUACCAUGGUGCCAAGGCGAGCGAGAAGCUUGAGCAGUACAGCAAUGCAAAGAGGUAUGCGGAGCAGGCGCUGUCGUUAGAGAUGGUGGAUGUCCCCGAGCGCGUCGCUGUCAUCUCUCAAGCAGAGGCCGCUGACAUGAUCAGUGAAUGCCGCGCUCUGUGCGAGUCUCUGCAAAAGAAGCUCCUUUUCACACGAGCUACGGCUCCGCUUCUUGCACAGGAGAAGUGGCAACAGGACGAGAACCGGCGAGCACCGAACUCGCGGCGAGGUGGCUUCUUCACCUCGGUGGGUUUGAAAUGUCCAGCUUGCGGGCAUGAGGAGCCGGCAGGCAAAUGCAUUUCUUGCGGCGCUGGUCUGCCCUGGGUGGAUUGCAACUUCUGCCCAGACUGUGGCGCCAGGCAAGUUCAGCCAGCGACAAGACCGACGCCGGCAGCGGCCCAGGACACCAGAAAGGCGGCGCAGGUCAAGCCGGCAGUCGAGGGUGGAUUUCUCAACCGCGCUAUGCAGCGAGAAGAGGAGGCCCCACUGCAGCGCAGAAUUCGAGAGAUCACCGGCAAGCUGCUCGGGUUGGAUUGGCAAAGCAUCGAAGGGGACAUUCCCCUGAGCGAUAUUGGUCUCUCCAGUGGGGCUGCGGUCAUGCUCCGCGACGAGCUGCAAGCAGAUGUGCGGGGCAUCAAGCUGCCUCCGACUCUGUUCUUCGACCAUCCCACCAUCAGAGAAGUUUUAACCUAUCUCAAUCGCUAG